AUGCUGGGUGAACAGGCAUUCCUUCUUUCUCUGCUGGCAUGUCUCCUGAUUCUGUACCUUCUGAAACGGCUCUUGUCUUGCAAGGGUGGAGAAACAGUCAUGAAACAAAAUUUGCCUCCAGGGCCUCCUCGGCUUCCACUCAUUGGGAGCAUUUGGGUAUUAGGGCCGGUGAUUACUCUAGAACGUCCUAUUAAGUUGGCAAAGUUCUAUGGAAACAUCUACACUCUGUGGCUGGGAUCUAAACUGGUGGUUGUGCUGUCUGGAUUCGAAGCGGUGAAAGAAGCGCUGAUAAACCACUCAGAAGACUUUGCUGGCCGGCCCGAGACUGUUUUAAGUCAAACUAUAAUAAAAAAUAUGGGUGCAGGUAUUAUAUUUACCAAUGGCCACACCUGGAAGGAACAGAGAAAGUUUGGCGUAGUUACCAUGCGGAAGCUGGGACUGGGGAAGAAAGACCUGGAGUGCCAAAUAAAAGAGGAGGCCCAUCAGCUAGUUGAGACUUUUGCACGGGCAAAAGGGCAGCCAUUUGACCCUUCAUUACCCAUCUCUAUGUCCAUCUGCAAUAUGAUCUGUGCUGUGGCUUUUGGACAGAGGUUUUCUCUUGAAGAUGAAGAAUUCCCCAAGUUGAUGGAAGCCAUUGCCUAUUUGUCCAAAUAUGUUGGCACCAUUUCUUAUGGUCUGUUUGAAAUGUUCCCAUGGAUUGUGAAACAUCUCCCAGGGCCUCACCAGAAAGCAUUUCUACAUGCAAAAGUUAUACAAACAUUUGCAAAGAAGGAAAUAGAAAAGCAUAAGGAGCAUGAGGCCAUGCAUGAGCCACAAGAUUUCAUCGAUUUCUAUCUAUUGCAUAUGAAGAAAACCAAGAAUGACCCCAAUUCUACAUACAAUGAGGAGAACCUGGUUCAGUGUAUUUUUGAUCUUUUCGUGGCAGGAACAGAAACGACAUCCUUGACGUUGCGGUGGGCAUUGAUCCUCAUGGCAAAUCACCCAGACAUCCAGCAGAAAGUCCACAAGGAGAUCGAAGAUGUUUUGGGUACCUCUCAGUCAUUCAGCUAUCAAGAUCGAAAAAGAUUGCCUUACACCAAUGCUGUGAUUCGUGAGAUCCAGCGGUUCCAAUAUAUUUUAUUCACUGGGAUCCCCAGACAAUGUGUAAAGGAUGUGAACAUCUUUGGUUUUCAUAUUCCCAAGGGGGCCAUUGUUAUGCCAAACUUCCGCUCUGUUCUUCUUGAUCCCAAGCAAUGGGAGAAACCUCGGGAGUUCAACCCAAAUCAUUUUUUGGAUAAAGAUGGACGUUUUUUGGAAAGAGAAGCAUUUCUUCCAUUCGGUGCAGGAGCCCGUCUGUGCCCGGGAGAACAGCAGGCAAAGAUUGAGCUCUUCUUCAUCUUCACCAGCCUGCUGAGGGCAUUCACUUUUCAGCUUCCAGAAGACAUGAAAGAACUCAGCGAAAAACCGAUAGUAGGGGCAACAGUGAUCCCCCGUCUUAAGCUCCGUGCUGUUCCUCGCUGUACAAAUUAGAGUGUCUCAUUUGUUUCUAUCAAUUUCUCCUGCAUUCCUGUAAUAAUUUUCGCCUCAGCUUCUUGAUCACAGGUUGCUGGGUUUCUAAAUCAGGUAUUAUUAUUUGAAAAAUAUUUAAGGGUAUGCAGUGAAAAGAAAUUCCAUUUCUGUUUCGGGUCCAAGGAUUCCAAACAAAUUAUGUACCAUUAUCGUUUUUUUUCCCGAUGGGGCAUUGCUGGCUCUGAACUGGUUUCUUUGGUUUUGGCCCCAUUCUCUGCAAUGAGGGCUUCCAGGCUCUUUGGGGCAGCUGUUUUUGUAUUUGACAGCAUCAAAAUCACACAGAACACAAUCUUCUCUCUAAACCAUCACUCCGAGUUUUGACUCAGUUACACUACA